GCACUAUUGGAGAGGAGGGCCAUUCGGCCCGUCCACUGGAUGCUGUUCCUGGGGUCGUGCCGUGUUUUGUUGCCAACCUCCCCGCCUCCUGCUCAGACUCAGAGCGGCGGAGGUUGCGAGUGAGGGAGGGAGGGAGUGUGUGUGUGUGUGUGCGGGGAGCGGCUGCUGUUGCUGCGGGGAGACUCGGAGCUUCAGGCCGGUCUUCAGAGAGGGAGAGGGCGAUGGCCGAGGCCCAGGCUGCGGCCCAGCGGGAGGCCGGAGCGGCGGUGGCGGCGGAGGAGGAGGCGGAGGAGGAGGCCGAGCUGUGGCAGAGCCUGGCCCGCACCAAGGCGCGCUGGUACGGCAGCACAGCGAGUGUGCCCGCUCCCCUGGCCGAGCGCUACGUCCGGCACCCGGUGGGCGGCGGCGACACGCUGCGGGGCCUGGCCCUGCGCUACGGGGUCACGACGGAGCAAAUUAAAAGGGCAAAUAAACUCUUCACAAGUGAUUGCAUAUUCCUGAGGAAAACCCUCCUCAUCCCAGUGAUAUCGGAGAAGGGGUCACUUUUUAAUGGACUGAACUCGUUGGACUCUCCUGAGAAUGAAUCCACAGAAACGUAUGCAUUCAGUGACGGAAGGCCUCUGAAUAACGAAGAAGACUCUCCAUCUCCAAAUACAGAAGAUCCAGACACCAGGCCCACGCAGCCUGAGGAACUGUCUGCAAAAGACUACUUACAGAGACUGGACUUGCAGAUUAAACUAUCAACGCAAGCGGCUGCUAAAACAAUACAGGAGGACGAUCACGGAUCUGGUGACACCGGACACCAAGAUGACCCCUCGGCCACAUCUUCCUACCAGAGCCUUGAUUAAUGGGAUCCAUGCUCCCAGGAUGCUGAAGGAUAAUCGGUUUUCCCGUUACGUGUGCAUAGAGACUGCGUGACCUCGUUUGAUUUCCGGGUUUUAAAUUUGCUUUAAAUCUAAGCCAUUGCUGUGUACACUUCGACGUGGCAGGGGACGAGAGGGAGACUGUGCGUCUUUGGUGUGAAGUGUGAGCUGCUGUUACCUCUGUGUCUCCCUCUGCCAUCUCCACUCGCUGUUUUAUAUUCCCACAGCAAGAUUUGCAGUGUGUGCUUAUCGCCGCCCACCUAGUGCUGGCCUGAACUUGUGUGCUAAGCAGUGCGAUCGAGCCGGUUUCAAAUCCGAAGCCCAUUGUGCAUCUUACACGUGUUGGCUGCUGUGCUUUCUCCUAAUGUCCAGCACGUGUGGGUCUGGGUCAGAGGUGAGUGCAUUACUCCCAACAUUAAGCUUAGUUGAAGUAAUUAAAUCACAACCAAAACACAACCUUAUUAUAUUUUUGCAAAAUUAGAUGAAACCGAAAGGAAGAGAUCUUAUUUUACCCGACAAUCCUGUAGGCAUUAGUAGUGAUUCGAAGAGCCUAUUUGUUUGAAAUCUUCAAGUUGAAACCAAAAA